CUUCGUUGGAGCGUUUGCCAUGUUUGCGGAAGUAUAAUCGCUGCAGUUUGCUGGAGGAGGCUGAUAUUUUCUUUGCGUGCACAUUUUAUCCGUUUAACCGAAUUCAAUAUGAAUUUACCGAAGGGACCCGAUUCUUUGUGCUUCGACAAGGAUGUUUUUAUGAAGGAUGACUUUGACGUGGACCAGUUUGUGUCGGAGUGUCGGAAACAGGUCCAGAUGGAGGAGAUGAGGGAGGACCUGGAGCUCUACUACAAGCUGCUCAAAACGGCCAUGGUGGAGCUCAUCAACAAGGACUAUGCCGACUUUGUGAACCUCUCCACCAACCUGGUGGGGAUGGACAAAGCCCUCAAUCAGCUCUCUGUGCCAUUGGGACAAUUACGAGAGGAGGUUAUGAGUCUGCGUUCCUGUGUGAGCGAGGUGAUUCAGGCUAUAGACAACCAGCUAGCCAAACAGGAAGAUCUGCAGAAAAAAAAGGUGUGUGUAUUGAGGCUCAUUCAAGUGGUGCGCUCAGUGGAGAAGAUUGAGAAGAUCCUCCACUCACAAAGCUCCAAGGAAUCCAACUCUCUAGAAACCAGCAGUCCCUUGUUAGCAGGUCACAUCCUGGAGAGGAUUGCUACAGAAUUCAACCAGCUGCAGUUCCACGCUGUACAGAGCAAAGGCAUGCCGCUACUGGACAAAGUUAGACCGCGCAUCGCAGGGAUCACCUCCAUGCUGCAGCAGUCUCUGGAGGGCGUGCUGAUCGAGGGUCUGCAAACGUCCAACGUGGACAUGGUGCGUCACUGCCUGAGGACGUACGCCACCAUAGACAAGACUCGCGAUGUCGAGGCCCUGGUUGGACAGGUGCUGGUAAAGCCGUACAUGGACCAGGUGAUAACAGAAGAGGCGGUGAAGUCUAGUCCCAAUGGUCUCCAGUUGAUGUACUCCAGACUGUUGGAGUUUGUUCCUCAUCACUGCAGGCUGCUUAGAGAGGUCACCGGAGGAGCCAUAUCCAGUGACAAAGCUGACACAGUGCCCGGCUAUGAUUUCCUUGUGAACUCAGUGUGGCCAGAGAUGAUCAAAGGGAUAGAGGAGAGGUUGGCCUACCUCUUCAACCCUGGCAACCCUGACAUUUUCUACGAGCGUUACAGUGCAAGCGUGGAGUUUGUGCGGCGGUUCGAGCGCCAGUGCAGCUCGCAGGCCAGUGUGAAGAGGCUGAGAGUCCAUCCCUCGUACACCAGCUUCCACAACAAAUGGAAUCUGCCUGUCUACUUUCAACUACGGUACAAGGAAAUAGCGGGGAGUCUGGAGAACGCCAUCAGUGAUGGACUUGAAGCAGCACCCGCUGGCAGCGUGUACCACCUGCAGGUAUCUGAGGUGCUGUGGUCCUGUCUCAUGCGAUGUUGGUCAGACAAAAUCUACCUAUCACCUCUGGCCCACCGCUUCUGGAAGCUCACACUGCAGCUCUACUCGAGAUACGCCAAGUUUCUUGACGAGGUGUUGACGAAGACUCCGUCCCCUGAAGCCACCAAAGAACCAACCAGGCCCCUGCCGAGCUCCGCCUCCUCCACCUCCAGCCGAACGUCCAUGGAGGAGGGCGGCAGUGAGAGCGGGAGUCCCGCUUCGCUGUCCACCAAACAGUUGGUCUACAUAGCAGCCGACAUCCAAAAGCUGCAAGAGCAGAUAACGGACGUGACAGACAUGGUCAGACAGCGGCUAGAAGCCAUCGGAUUCAAUAACAUUGCUAUUGUGGAAGAUGCCCUAACGGACUCCAAGAACUGCCUAUCGAGCAGCGUUCCCACUCUGAACACCAGGAUGACCCAGCAUCUGACGGAACGCUGCUGCCGCUUCCUGAAGAGUGCCUCUGAGGUCCCGCGCCUUUACCGCAGGACUAAUAAGGACCCGCCAGUGCGUGCAUCCGCCUACAUGGACAACGCCUUACGCCCGUUACAUCAGCUGCUGACGGACUCAACAGGGCUCGUCGCCCCUUCUACAGCGCAAGAGUGGCUGCGAGUUGCACUGACUGACUACACGCAGAGGUAUUAUGAGACCAUCUCAGAGGUGCUGAGCUCAGUGAGAAAGAUGGAGGAGAGUCUGAAGCGAUUGAAACAAGCCAGAAAAGGUGCGAGUACGACUACCGCUGCCGGAGCAAACGGUGGACCCACGGACGACAGCAAGAUCCGACUUCAACUUGCACUGGACGUGGAGUACCUCGGGGAACAGAUCCAGAAGAUGGGUCUUCAGCAAAGAGACAUCCCCAUGUUCUCCACUCUGAUGGACCUGGUGAAGGAGGCCAGAGAGCUCGCUGAACAGGGCCAGUGAAAGGUUCAGUCCAUAGCAACUGCAAGCCAUUCGCAUGCUGCUGCAUUACCUGAAAUGGAUAAUAAUGAUCAGGCCACAAAGACUGACAAGGACUGACACUACUGAAAUCCUUUUGGUACAAAAUCAUCUCUAUUUAUUGCAGAUUUUAAAGGUUCAAUGUGUACAAUGAAGUCUGGAUUUACAGUCCUCAGUUACAAAAAAUCUACUACAAGCUGGACAAGAAUAUUCGUUCAACCAACGCUCUGAAACCACCGGUCCGAAUAACACUAUGAUUUGAUCAUCUCCACAAAAAUGAUGUACCAAUCAUUAUAUAUGUUGGGCUAGAUUCUCCAUCAAUGAAGCCCUAUCUGUGUAAAUUGUGCUCCAAGGGGAAGGUUUUAGCUGAAAUGGUCUGUUUAACAUGUACAUUACAUUUAUGUUAAAUUUGAUAUAAAAUGGAAUUCUUAACUCUGGAAUAAAUUUUAACUGUGGAUACAAAAUUGAA